AUGGACGUCCGCCUGUACCCCUCGGCGCCCCCGCUGGGCGCGCGGCCCGGGCCCGAGCCGGCCGGCCUGGCGCCGCUGGACCCCUUCCCCUGCGGCAAGUUUGAUGGUGACAGUGCCUACGUGGGGAUGAGUGACGGAAACCCAGAGCUUCUAUCAACCAGCCAGACCUACAGCAGCCAGAACGAGAGCAACGAGGACUAUGAGAUCCCCCCGAUAACCCCACCCAACCUCCCGGAACCAUCCCUCCUGCACCUGGGGGACCACGAAGCCGGCUACCACUCACUGUGCCACAGCCUCGCACCCAACGGACUGCUCCCGGCCUACUCCUACCAGGCCAUGGACCUGCCGGCCAUCAUGGUGUCCAACAUGCUGGCCCAGGAUAGCCACCUGCUGUCGGGCCAGCUGCCCACGAUCCAGGAGAUGGUCCACUCCGAGGUUGCCGCCUACGACUCGGGCCGGCCAGGGCCCCUGCUGGGCCGCCCCGCGAUGCUGGCCAGCCACAUGAGCGCCCUCAGCCAGUCCCAGCUCAUCUCUCAGAUGGGCCUCCGGAGUGGCAUCGCCCACAGCUCCCCGUCGCCCCCGGGAAGCAAGUCCGCGACCCCCUCUCCCUCCAGCUCGACCCAGGAGGAGGAGCCGGAAGCACACUUCAAGAUGUCGGGGGAGAAGAGACCCUCGGCCGACCCGGGGAAAAAGGCCAAGAACCCCAAGAAGAAGAAGAAGAAGGACCCCAACGAGCCCCAGAAGCCCGUGUCCGCCUAUGCACUCUUCUUCCGGGACACGCAGGCCGCCAUCAAGGGGCAGAACCCCAGCGCCACCUUCGGCGACGUGUCCAAGAUUGUGGCCUCCAUGUGGGACAGCCUGGGGGAGGAGCAGAAGCAGGCCUACAAGAGGAAGACCGAAGCGGCGAAGAAGGAAUAUCUGAAGGCUCUGGCGGCCUACCGGGCCAGCCUGGUCUCCAAGAGCUCCCCGGACCCCGGUGAGGCCAAGAGCGCCCAGGCGAACCCGCCGGCCAAGAUGCUGCCGCCCAAGCAGCCCGUGUACGCCAUGCCGGGCCUGGCCUCCUUCCUGACGCCCGCAGACCUGCAGGCCUUCCGCGGGGGGGCGGCCCCCGCCGGCCUGGCCCGGACGCUGGGCCCCAAGGCGCUGCUGCCCGGCCUCAGCGCCUCCCCGCCGCCCUCCUUCCCGCUCAGCCCCCCGCUGCACCAGCAGCUGCCCCUGCCCCCCCACGCCCAGGGCGCCCUCCUCAGCCCGCCCGUCAGCAUGUCCCCCGCGCCCCAGCCGCCCGUGCUGCCCGCCCCCAUGGCGCUGCAGGUGCAGCUGGCCAUGAGCCCCUCCCCGCCGGGCCCACAGGACUUCCCGCACAUCUCCGAGUUCCCCGGCGGGUCCGGGUCCCGCUCCCCGGGCCCGUCCAACCCCAGGAGCAGCGGCGACUGGGACAGCAGCUUCCCCGGCGGGGAGUGCGGCCUCGGCACCUGUAGCCUGCUCCCCAGGGAUAAGUCUCUCUACCUCACCUAA